UGGGAAAGCCGGAAGAGCACUGGUAACUGCAGGGAUACAAUUGAGACGGACUGUCCAGGGGUGUGGGAGUGUAUUUUAUUAUCUGUAAAGAAAAGUAAAUCAGCAAAGAAAUGUGGAAAGCAGCUGCAGGCCAAUCAGUUUCCAUCCAGCAGGAGGAUGCAGGUGAUGACUGGGAGACAGAUCCUGACUUUGAGAACGACGUGUCUGAGAAAGAACAGAGAUGGGGUGCGAAGACAAUCGAAGGGUCUGGACAUCAGGAACAUAUUAACAUUCAUAAACUGCGGGAGAACGUCUCUGACGAGCACCACAGCUUGAAGCAGAAGGAACUGGAAAACAUGCCUAAAGCAUCCCACGGCUACGGGGGGAAGUUCGGUGUGCAGCAAGACCGAAUGGAUAAGUCUGCUGUAGGCAACGAGUACCAGAGCAAACUCUCCAAGCAUUGCUCCCAGACAGAUUCAGUCAAGGGGUUUGGUGGGAAGUUUGGUGUACAGGCAGACCGAGUUGACCAGUCUGCUGUUGGAUUCGAAUAUGCUGGCAAAACAGAGAAACAUGCUUCACAAAAAGACUACUCAUCUGGUUUUGGGGGGAGAUAUGGUGUACAGGCUGAUCGUGUUGACCAGAGUGCAGUAGGCUUCGAUUACCAGGGAAAACUCGAAAAACACGAGUCCCAGAAAGAUUAUUCUAAAGGUUUUGGUGGGAAAUAUGGAGUGGAAACGGACAAAGUGGACAAAAGCGCAGUUGGCUUCGAGUAUCGAGGGAAGACUGAGAAGCACGAGUCCCAGAAAGACUAUGUAAAAGGGUUUGGAGGGAAGUUUGGUGUCCAGACAGAUAGACAGGACAAGUCUGCCCUCGGCUGGGAUCACCAGGAGAAAUUACAGCUUCACGAGUCUCAGAAAGACUAUUCAAAGGGAUUUGGUGGGAAGUUUGGAGUACAGCAGGACAGAAUGGAUAAGUGCGCAGGUACCUUUGAUGAUGUUCAAAAGCCAGCUCCAGCCUAUCAAAGGACUAAACCUGUUGAAGCAGCUGGAAGCAGUGCUAGCAGCAUCAAAGCCAGGUUUGAGAACAUUGCCAAGCAGAAGGAGGAGGAGGACAGAAAAAGGGGUGAAGAAGAGAGAGCCAGACGAGUGGCCAAGGAGAAGCAAGAGCAGGACGAGGCCAGGAGGAAGAUAGAGGAGGAAGCCAAAGCUGAAAAGCAGCGGACUGUAGAACGGGCACCAGAACCAGAUCCUGCCCCCCAGCCCGCUCACCAAGAGAAGCCACCCAGCCCAGCAUACCAGCAACAAGAUUUGUAUGAAGAGCCAUCCGACAGAGACUCUGCUCCCAGUUCAAACCAGUACGAAGCAGAACCCCCUUCGAAUGCACAGGAGCCAGAGUAUGAGGAUGCUACAUAUGAGCCCCAGCAAGAAGCAGCCUACCAGAAUCCAGACGAAGUGCAGUAUCAAGGAGUCGAACCGAAUUAUGCAGAGUGUGGGGAUGACCUUGGACUCACUGCAGUGGCUCUGUACGACUAUCAAGCUGCUGGCGAUGACGAGAUUUCCUUUGACCCUGAUGACAUCAUCACUAACAUUGAAAUGAUUGACGAGGGCUGGUGGAGGGGAGUGUGUAAAACUGCAUACGGGCUUUUCCCUGCCAAUUACGUUGAGCUCAGGCAAUGAAGCGCUUAACUUCUGAAUGAUUUUGCCUUAACUACUAUCUGCAGUUCUAAGACUAUAGCUCAACAGGAAGAACAGGAACAAAUGUUUUUUUUUUCCCCCAUUAUUCUAGAAAUGCUCUUAAUGUUGGCUGUGCUUCUUGCAGUAUUGUAAUGUGUGUAAUUUCUAAUUUCUGUCCCAUUUUUCCACUCGAGUUAAGGCUCUGGACUUAUUUUCUCUUUCUCUCUCCAACAAAUGCUGCUUCCAAAUUCAUGCCAUUCUGUAUCAAAGAAAAUGCAUUACAAUAUAAACAAAUAAAUAUAUCUGCAGUAAGGAAUAAUGUGCAUCCAAAUCAAGCUGAAAUGUGUCCAAAGCAAUAUAUUUGCAGUAAAAGAGAUUACUAUAUUGCUCUAGAAGAUACACAUAAUCACUUUAUUAGGUGCUAGGGAACAUAUAGCAGAGGCUAAUGUUUUUCUCCAGUUAAAGUUCAUGUUUUUUCUAAUAAAAGUAAAUAAUGUACUGUUGAAAGUUGGGGAUGUCAUUUUCAGUUUUGUUUUGCAUGUGCAUAAUAAUUUUAUAUGUCCCAAAAGUUGACAUGGAUUUAAUAAUAUAUUUUUUAGCCAAGGGUUAAUAUAGAAUUAAGUUAUCACCAAAGAUUCUUAAAUUUAUAUUGCACAUUUUCAUUGGAAAUACUGCAUUAAUGUGGAAAACAGUACUUUUAAUGUAAUUGAAUAAAUGUGGAACAGACACAGUUGCUUGUGGAAAAGACCUGUGGUGAACUAAAAUAGUAUAUUGCUUGUUGACAUUAAUUUAACUUGACUUUAGCACAGUGUGCUAUGUAAUACUUGUGCUAGCUGGGAUAGGUGAUUUUUCGUUCUGUUCUGUAUCCGGGUUACUAAUUGCAAGUUAAUGAUGAGUUGUUGUUGAGUUGGGAUGGAAAACUAAAAUUUAGUAUGAGAGUUUUAAUUUGCACGUUCUAUCAAACACUUUAAUGAAAUGUCUUGCUCUUACAAAAACAAAAAGUAUUUGAAUAUGCAAGGUAUUAUACAGUGACAUUUCAGGUGGUUUUAAAACAUCCCAUCCUAAAAUACUGUGGCACUGAACAUAAUAUUUAAGAAUCAUAACUUAAAAAAUUUGAGGUUUAUGUUUCUUUUAAAUCAACAUAAAGGCAGUAUACCCAUGAAUAGAAUUAGUUACUUAACUAUGAUGUCUUAUCUUUUGGUGGGCAUCCCACUCAUGCAUUGGGCCACUUCAUUUUCCUAUAAUUCAGUGUGACCAAUCAUAAACUUUGGCCAAUAACAUGUUAUUAAUGUUGAGAGUAAAAAUUAAAGGGGAAGAGGUUGCAUUUAAUCUUCAAGCUUAAUUAAAAUACAUGUUUUCAUAGAUUAACUUGAUAGAUCUUAUAUCAACAACUUAUAUCAACUGUUAAGGACAAUCCUUAACAGUUGAUGUACAUGUCAUUACCUUAUAGUUUUAGCGGUGCCUCUGUUGGUAUUACAGGUCUGUGUUUUGUUUAAUCAUUCUUGGGUUGGGUUUUGAUAAUAAAGUUGUCUUUUCCAGUAUAUUAUUUUUUAUCUUUAAAUCAGCUUGCAUAAUACACAGAAAAUUGAUGUUUUUUUUUUUUUUCUAAGUGAAUAAAGUUUUCAGUUAACAGUA